UUAUGAAUGGGUAUAUAUUGCGGUGGCACUCCUGAGGAUUCAAACAAUCCUUUCUUCAGGGAGAAGAGGGAAGGAACAGCUCAGCUGCCUGAUCUGACACUCUGCUUCAAGGGAGCAAAAGCCAUUCACCUGAAAUCCUCCCACGAUGCUGUGGCUGCUGCUGCUGCAGGUGUUGGCGAGCUGCCUCUGGCUGGGACACAGCGAGGUGGUGACAUCCUUUGAAAGCUGUCCCCAGUUCUUCUAUGAGGAGACUACCCCAAAUGAUGCCCUGAAGCCAAACAACCCAGCCAGAAUCUGUCAACGCUACAACAACAAGUAUCAUUUUGCCACGCUGUACGACAGAGAUUCCCGUAUUCCCAUUUACUCUGCUUACAUCUACCAGCCUGGAAAUUCCUCAAAACCUCAAGCAUGGCUGAUUGAGCCCCAGCUGAUUGGCUCAACUUAUUCCGGRGAUAUGGAAAAAGAGAAGGAUUUUGUAAAGAAGUACCCUCAGCUCAUUGAGGAACUCGAGCAGAGCCAGGCUGUCCUUGAAGACUACAAGAAAAUGGCUAAAUAUACCCGUGGCCAUUUGAACCCCAGCAGCCACCACAACACCUAUGGCACCAAGUUGCCGACCUUCACCCUCACCAACAUUGUGCCUCAGAAUCCAAAAUUCAACAACGGCCCCUGGAAUGAAUACGAGGGGCAAAUGAUGAAAGACGAGAGCGAGGGAUGUACAACCACCUACGUUAUCACGGGUGCUGUGCCGGGGAAACCCCACACCCCUGGGGAAAGGGUUAACAUACCCAGCCAYAUCUGGUCGGCUGCCUGCUGCCCAGCUGAGAGUAAGGCUUGGGGAGUCAUUGCUGAGAACAACAGUGAGAGCCAGGUCACGAUCCUCACUCUGAAGGAGGUGGAGGACACAUUGACCAACCUCUAUGGGAAGGGAAAGGUUUCUCUGUUCCACAGUGCCUGUCCUCGCCAAUAAGCCUGACAUGCUGGCUGGAAUAGACUCAGAAGCUUUUGCCACAUAUCACAGAAUCACAGAAGGGGUUGGGUUUGAUGGGACCUUAAAAAUUAUCUUGCCCUGACCCCAUGCCUGGGGGAGAUAAAUCUCCCACUAUCCCAGGUUGCACCAUGCCCUGUCCAGCCUGGUCUUGAACAUCUCCAGUGAUGGGGCAGCCAAAACAUGUCUGAUAGCUUUUGCCUGUAGUGCAGCAUGCCCACAGUAAUUAACUUCUUUAUAAUAUCUAUCCCCAUCAUUCAUCAGUGUGAAACCAUUACCUCUUGUCCUGUCACUUACCAUAGUCCAAAGUUUC